AUGUACAACAACCUGUGGACCUGGAGACAAGAUGGGACCAGACCAACAGCGGCAAGACGGACAGGGCUAGACGAGGGGGCAAGAAUGGUACUUGGACAUUUUGGCGACGCUGCCCUGCACGGUCGAGUGAGUGCGAGAUUUUGCACAUUUGAGGGCCACAGACACCAGGCACAGGCAUAG